GACACGGGGAGAGGGAAAGUCCAGACACACAGCGGACUGGAGUAGCGAUCACAGCGGACGUUCACUGACGGAGUCUCCUCCUGAACCGAAAGAUACGAUGGCUUCAUCUUCAGAAUCUUUAUACUUCAGUCAGCGAGAAAUCAAUGAACUGAAGACUAGUUAUGAGCAGGGUGGGCUGAGCGAGUUUGCGACACAGAUUGUGAAGAAAUUGAAUGAUAUAGAAAAUGUAAAGCUUAACAUCGCUGUGACAGGGGAAACAGGUGCAGGGAAAUCAACCUUCAUCAACGCCAUGAGGGGGCUGCGGGGCUGCGAUGAGGGUGCAGCUGAAAUCGGGAACAUUGAAACCACAAUGGAGCGAACUCCAUACAAACAUUCCACCUUCCCUAAUGUUUGCUUCUGGGACCUGCCGGGAUUUGGAUCAUUAAAGUUUCCAAUGAAGGAUUACGUGAGCAGAAUGGAAUUUACGACAUACGAUUUUUUCAUAAUAAUCUCAAAUGAUCGAUUCACCGAAAAUGAUGCAAAUGUCGCCAAGGAGAUUCAAAACUUGGAGAAGAAGUUCUACUUCGUACGAAGUCAACUUGACAAAAAUUUCAGUUCUUUAAAAUUGCAGGGUAUAGAUUUUGACAGAAUGACGGAACUUGAAGAAAUGAAACAAAACAUAAGUUGUGGUUUGACGGAAGUCGGGAUUUCAAACCCCAAUAUUUUCCUGAUAUCAAGCCUUAACAUAAAUGAGUUUGAUUUUCCUCAGUUAAAAGAAACGCUUGUAAAUAAUCUCAAUGGAAUAAAGAAAGAUGUUCUAUUGAUGUCACUUCCAAGCACAACAGUGAAGAUUGUGGAGCAGAAACGAGCCCAGUUGGAGAACCGUAUCUGGAUGUUGGCAACAGUCUCAGGAGUUGUGGGAGCGGUGCCCCUUCCCGGAUUGUCUUUCGCCGUUGACCUCGGGAUACUAGUCACUGCAAUAAUAGAUUUCCGCAAAAGUCUCGGCCUGGAUGAUGCCUCCCUUCAGAGACUGGCCAAUGUCGCAAAGAAACCUGUGGAAUUUCUGAAAGCAGAAGUGAGAACCCCACUGGUGGGUGAAAUAAAUGUGGAGUUUGUGAAACGAAUGUUGUUGCGUUCCAGUAUUGUUGCUGUUUCAGUGGUGGAAAUGGCCCUUAACAAAAUACCAGUAAUUGGCUCCAUCUUCGGGGCAGUAUCGUCAUUUGGAAUGACUUACACGCUGCUGACCGACGUACUGGAUGAACUUGUGGACAAUGCCCAGAGAGUGGUGAAAGUUGCAUUUGCCACUGAUCCUAGUCAUCCACAAUAACGAAUCCGUUACUGAGUUGCUGCAAGUCAUCGCGGAUGCUGGAAUGGAAAAUAAAUAUCAUCUUUCACAUCUUCAUUAAAUUCCAAAUUAUUUCACAGCUGAUGAAUUAUUUUAAAAGCUGUUGUCACUGCUGUAAUCUUCACAACCAAUUCACUGCAAACACCUUAAGCGCACCAACCCACCGGGGAACAGAAGAUAACUCUCCCGGGGAGACUCAGUGUGACGUUGCCACCUCGUUCAACAAGCUCUCACCAAUGAAACCAUAUCAACAUCUAGUCAAACCUCCAAGGGGCUCGAAUGUUUCAAAAAGACGACAUCUUCUUCCAGUCUCCAACGAAUACAGAUCUAACUUCUUCUGUCUUACAUGAGAAGAUGAUCUUCUGAUCCCAGUGGGCUGAGUGUGUUGUGCUGUUCUGUACAAUUGGCCAACUAAAACUAUGCACAACAUUCUAGAUAUUCUAGUUACAAUUAUGGCAACAUUUCCCUAUUUCUAAACUCCAACCCCAUUGCAAUAAAAGCCAACAUGCCGUUAGCAUUCUUAACCUCUUGUUUCACCGGCCCACUAGUCACUUGUACCUCAUGGAUACAAACAUCUACAUAUUUAUGUGUCUGCUUUAUCUACAGACUUUCUCCAUUUAGAUCACAUCCGGCUUUAGAUUUGAAGUGGCUUUGCUCACUCAUUCAACCUAUCUACAUCAUUUUGUGGAGUCUAAAUAUCCCCAUCACCCCCUGCCAUCCCAGGUAUCUCUCACGUCCUUGACCAACCUGGAUACCUUGUACACUGCUCUCUCCUGCAAACCAUUCACGAAAAUAGAAAGUUACAUUCAGCCCCUUCAGUUGCGUGGGUUUUCUCCGGAGCUCCGAGAUCCUCCACACUCCAAAUAUGUGGUCAUUUGGAGAUUAAUUGGAGUCGGUAAGGAUUGUAACAAUGUCCCCAGUGUGUGUAGGAUAGUGAUCGUGUACGGGGUGAUCGAUGGUCUGCACGGAAUCAGUGGGCCGAAGGGCCUGUUUCCACGUUCUCUCUAAACU